AUGCAGAACACUAACCACACCCAUGAGAACCCAGCUUCCUUCCUGCUCAUGGGAAUUCCUGGUCUGGAGGCAUCCCACUUCUGGAUCACAUUUCCCUUCUGCUCUAUGUAUGUAUUGGCGGUACUUGGCAUCGUUGCAGUGCUACUGGUGGUGCAUUCAGAGCCUACACUGCACCAGCCAAUGUACCUGUUUCUCUGCAUGCUGUCCACCAUUGACCUGGUGCUCUGCACCUCCACUGUGCCCAAGCUCCUUGCACUCUUUUGGGCAAAUGCUGCUGAGAUUGCAUUUGAGGCUUGCGCUGCCCAGAUGUUCUUUAUCCAUGGAUUCUCAGCUGUAGAAUCAGGCAUCUUACUAGCAAUGGCCUUUGACCGCUACUUGGCUAUUUGCCGACCAUUGCACUAUGGAUCAUUAUUGCCCCCAGAGGCUGUGGGAAAGUUAGGAGCUGCUGCUGUGCUUCGUGGUUUGGGACUUAUGACCCCACUCACCUGCUUAUUAGCAAGACUGACCUACUGUAGCCGCGUGGUGGCCCACUCCUACUGUGAGCAUAUGGCUGUGGUAAAGCUGGCUUGUGGGGGCACAAAGCCAAACAAUAUCUAUGGCAUCACCGCUGCCACACUGGUGGUGGGCACUGACUCCAUCUGCAUUGCUGUCUCCUACGCACUCAUCCUGCGCGCUGUGUUAGGCCUCUCCUCCAAGGAGGCAAGGGCCAAGACCUUUGGUACUUGUGGUUCUCACCUUGAUGUCAUCCUGCUCUUUUACACACCAGGCCUCUUUUCAUUCUACACACAACGCUUUGGUCAACAUGUGCCCCGGCAUGUCCACAUCCUCCUGGCUGACCUCUACCUCGUCGUGCCACCCAUGCUCAACCCCAUCAUCUAUGGAAUGAAGACCAAGCAGAUUCGAGAUGGGGCCCUUAGACUGCUGAAACGGAGUCCUGUUCAGUCAUAA